GCCGGUUGCCAUAGGAACAGUACGCAAGCGGAAGUGGAGCUGCGUGUGCGCUUCCCCUUCCGGGUCGGACCUUCCGACUCCCGCCGGAGUAGGGGAGCCACAUGGGACGCAGGUUCUUGCACUGUUUCUUAACGCUCUUGCUGCCGAGAUCAACCCUCCAAACCCGGCGCUGUAUGCUAAGCCCAGAGUCCGGCCCGCCCCCAAAAAGGUCCCGCGGCGAUAUGGUACCACCACGAAUCGGGACACACAACGGCACCUUCCACUGCGACGAGGCGCUUGCAUGCGCGUUACUUCGCCUGCUGCCAGAAUACCGGGAUGCAGAAAUUGUGCGGACUCGGGACCCCGAGAAACUGGCUUCGUGUGACAUCGUGGUGGAUGUGGGUGGAGAGUACGAUCCUCAGAGACAUCGAUAUGACCAUCAUCAGAGGUCUUUCACAGAUACCAUGAGCUCCCUAUGCCCUGGGAAGCCAUGGAAGACCAAGCUGAGCAGUGCUGGACUCAUCUAUCUUCACUUCGGGCACAAAUUGCUGGCCCAGUUGCUGGGCACUAGUGAAGAAGACAGCAUGGUGGAAACCCUUUAUGACAAGAUGUAUGAGAACUUCGUGGAGGAAGUGGACGCAGUGGACAAUGGGAUCUCCCAGUGGGAGGAGGGGGAGCCUCGAUAUGCACUGACCACUACUCUGAGUGCCCGAGUUUCUCGACUUAAUCCCACCUGGAACCAUCCUAACCAAGACACGGAGGCAGGGUUCAGGCGUGCAAUGGAUCUGGUUCGAGAAGAGUUUUUGCAGAGACUUGACUUCUACCAACAUAGCUGGCUACCAGCUCGGGCCUUGGUGGAAGAAGCCCUGGCCCGACGAUUCCAGGUGGACCCAAGUGGGAAGAUAGUAGAACUGGCAAAAGGUGGAUGCCCCUGGAAGGAACAUCUCUAUCACCUGGAAUCUGGGCUGUCCCCCCCUGUGGCCAUCAUGUUUGUUAUCUUCACUGACCAGGCUGGACAGUGGCGAGUUCAGUGUGUGCCCAAGGAGCCCCACUCAUUCCAAAACCGGCUUCCUCUGCCAGAGCCGUGGCGGGGUCUUCGGGAUGAGGCCCUGGACGAGGUCAGUGGGAUUCCUGGCUGUAUCUUUGUCCAUGCCAGUGGUUUCAUUGGUGGGCACCACACUCGAGAGGGUGCCUUGAGCAUGGCCCGUGCCACUCUGGCCCAGCACUUAACACCUAUGCCUUCCUCAGAUCCCCCAGUCCAAUAAAAC